AUGGCUCCAGGGAUCGUCGCAGAGCUGCCGGUGCUGUCAGAGCUAGUGCCCGGGGCUUCCUCGUUGGCACAGCUUACGGAGGAAUGGGACGACACCGUUCGUUUCUAUCUGAACGGCACCAAAGUCAUAGUCGACUCUGUUGACCCGGAAGUCACGCUUCUAGAGUAUUUGAGGGGGAUAGGUUUGACGGGGACGAAGCUUGGAUGCGCAGAGGGAGGGUGCGGGGCAUGCACGGUGGUGGUCUCCCAUAUGAACCCGACGACAAGAAAGCUAUACCACGCAUCGGUGAACGCCUGUCUCGCGCCUCUCGUCAGUGUCGAUGGGAAACAUGUUAUCACGGUGGAAGGGAUCGGGGACGUGAAGAACCCACACGCUGUACAGCAGAGGAUUGCUGUCGGGAAUGGGAGCCAGUGCGGGUUCUGCACACCGGGCAUCGUGAUGAGUCUCUACGCCCUUUUACGAAAUACCCCGAAUCCCUCGGAACAUGAAGUGGAGGAGGCAUUCGACGGCAAUCUUUGUCGAUGUACUGGAUACCGGCCGAUUCUUGACGCAGCCCACAGCUUUAGCGCUCGCAGCAAUUGUGGAAACGCUGUGGCGAAUGGAGGGUCCGGAUGCUGUAUGGAGAAACAGAACGGUGUUGGUGGCGGCUGUUGCAAGUCAUCAUCCUCUGCCGUCGAUGGUGAGAACGAUGUGGCUGUUAGAUUCCCUGCGCCCAAGUUCAUUCAAUACGAUCCAAGCACCGAGUUGAUCUUUCCUCCAACACUAACCAAGCACGCCUUUCGUCCCUUGGUGUUUGGGAACAAGCGGAAGAAGUGGUAUCGCCCGGUGACUCUUGAGCAGCUCCUGCAGAUCAAGAGCGUCAACCCUUCCGCGAAACUCAUCGGAGGCAGCACCGAAACUCAGAUUGAAGUCAAGUUCAAGGCUAUGCGGUACGAGGCCUCGGUGUACGUUGGAGAUAUUCCGGAACUGCGCCAAUUCUCGUUGCACGAUGAUUAUCUAGAGCUGGGCGCCAAUGUCUCCUUGACUGACUUGGAGUCCAUCUGUGAUCAGGCGUUAGAGAGAUAUGGACCGGUCAAAGGUCAACCUUUUACCUCGAUCAAGAAGCAAUUGCGCUACUUUGCCGGAAGGCAGAUUCGCAACGUUGCUUCACCUGCUGGCAAUCUGGCCACGGCAUCUCCGAUCUCCGAUCUCAACCCUGUAUUCAUGGCGACAAAUACCAUUCUCAUCGCCAAGUCUCUCCAGCAGGAGAUUGAAAUUCCCGUCACUCAAUUCUUCAAGGGUUACAGGACUACUGCGCUUCCUCCAGAUGCGAUCAUUGCCAGCCUCCGCAUUCCAGUUGCUCAAGAGCAUGGUGAAUACAUCAGGGCUUAUAAACAAUCGAAACGCAAGGACGACGAUAUCGCCAUUGUCAAUGCUGCGUUACGCGUGUCACUGUCACUUUCAAACGAAGUCAAAAGCACCAAUCUUGUAUUCGGUGGAAUGGCACCGAUGACCGUGGCGGCUAAGAAUGCAGAGGCCUACCUUGUUGGGAAGAAGUUCACUAGUCCCGCGACCCUGGAGGGUGUUAUGCAGGAGCUUGAACGCGAUUUUGAUCUCAAAUUCGGUGUUCCCGGAGGGAUGGCGACAUAUCGCAAGUCUCUUGCAAUGGGGUUCUUUUAUCGUUUCUACCACGAUGUCUUGUCCAAGUUGGAAGUCAAGUCGACAGAUAUUGACCAGGACGUGAUUGAUGAGAUCGAGCGUUCUAUAUCGACUGGACAGAAGGAUCAUGAAGCAUCAGCGGCUUACCAGCAACGCAUUGUCGGGCAGGCAACACCCCAUGUCUCGGCUCUGAAGCAAGCAACGGGAGAAGCGCAAUACACAGAUGACAUCCCUCUUCAACAGAACGAGCUUUAUGGAUGUCUGGUCCUCUCUACCAAGGCUCACGCCAAGAUCCUCGGUGUUGACGCAUCCGCUGCUUUGGAUUUGCCCGGCGUUGUUGACUACGUCGAUCAUACCGAUCUCCCAAACCCUGAGGCCAAUUGGUGGGGUGCACCCAAGUGCGACGAGCAGUUCUUUGCAGUGGAAAAGGUAAAUACUGCCGGACAGCCCAUCGGAAUGAUUCUUGCAAAGACAGCCAAAGCUGCCGAGGAUGCUGCAAGGGCCGUCAAAGUUGAAUACGAAGAAUUACCAGCCAUCCUCACCAUCGAGGAGGCCAUUGAUGCGGAGUCCUAUUUUGAGCACUACCGCUUCAUCAAGGAUGGUAAUACUGUGGCUGCCUUUGAGAAAGCCGACCAUAUCUUCACUGGGGUCUCUAGAAUGGGUGGGCAGGAGCACUUCUAUCUAGAGACGCAGGCUUGUGUCGCAGUUCCCAAGCCGGAGGAUGGAGAGAUGGAAAUUUGGAGUGGUACCCAGAAUCCUACCGAAACGCAAACAUAUGUCGCUCAGGUCACCGGCGUUGCGGCGAAUAAAAUUGUCUCCCGCGUGAAGCGCCUCGGUGGUGGAUUCGGAGGUAAGGAGACGAGAUCUGUGCAGCUGGCUGGGAUCUGUGCCGUUGCAGCGCGCAAAGCAAAACGACCUGUUCGAUGCAUGCUCAAUCGGGAUGAGGACAUCGUGACCUCGGGCCAGCGACACCCUUUCCUGUGUCGGUGGAAGGUCGGCGUGAGUAAAGAGGGCAAGCUUCUUGCUCUCGAUGCCGAUAUUUUCGCAAAUGGCGGCCAUACACAGGACCUGUCGGGUGCUGUCGUCGAGAGAUCGCUCUCCCACGUGGACGGCGUCUACAAGAUCCCCAACGUCCAUGUCCGCGGGCGCGUUUGCAAAACCAACACGGUCUCGAAUACCGCGUUCCGUGGCUUUGGAGGUCCCCAGGGGCUAUUCUUCGCCGAGAGCUUCAUCUCGGAGAUCGCAGACCACCUUGAUAUUCCCGCGGAGGACUUGCGCGCGCUGAACAUGUAUAAACCGGGCGAAACAACCCACUUCAACCAGGAGCUUAAGGACUGGUACGUCCCUCUGAUGUACAAGCAAGUACUGGAAGAAAGCUCCUACCAGGAACGUCGCCAAGCCGUGGAGGAAUAUAACAGCCGACACAAAUGGUCGAAGCGUGGAAUGGCCAUCGUUCCGACCAAAUUCGGCAUUUCCUUUACCGCACUGUUCCUCAACCAGGCCGGAGCACUGGUUCAUAUUUACCACGAUGGGAGCGUGCUGGUAGCCCACGGGGGUGUUGAGAUGGGCCAGGGCCUGCAUACCAAGAUGACCAUGAUCGCCGCCCAGGCGUUACAAAUCCCUCAGUCGGACGUGUUCAUCUCCGAGACCGCCACCAACACCGUGGCCAACACGUCCGCCACGGCGGCGUCGGCAAGCUCCGAUCUCAACGGGUAUGCCAUCUUCAAUGCGUGUGAGCAGCUCAACGCGCGCCUCGCGCCGUACCGCGAGAAGAUGCCCGACGCCAACAUGAAGCAGCUGGCGCACGCCGCGUACUUUGACCGGGUGAACCUCUCCGCGCAGGGCUACUACCGCACCCCAGACAUCGGCUACGUCUGGGGCGAGAACAAGGGCCAGAUGUUCUUCUACUUCACGCAGGGCGUCACUGCGGCCGAGGUGCAGAUCGACACCCUGACGGGUGACUGGACCCCGCUGCGCGCCGACAUCAAGAUGGACGUCGGCCGCAGCAUCAACCCGGCGGUCGACUACGGCCAGAUCGAGGGUGCCUUCGUGCAGGGCCAGGGUCUCUUCACAACCGAGGAGAGCCUGUGGCACCGCGCCUCGGGCCAGAUCUUCACCAAGGGGCCGGGCAACUACAAGAUCCCGGGCUUCAGAGAUAUCCCGCAGGUCUUCAACGUCAGCCUGCUCAAGGAUGUCGAGUGGGAGAAUCUACGCACCAUCCAGCGCUCACGGGGCGUCGGCGAGCCACCUCUCUUCAUGGGCAGCGCGGUUUUCUUUGCCAUCCGUGAUGCGCUCAAGGCCGCCCGCAAGCAAUGGGGGGUCCACGAUGUAUUACGCCUUGUCAGUCCCGCCACCCCGGAGCGCAUCCGUGUCAGCUGUGCAGAUCCUAUCAUCGAGAGGGCAAGGGUUACUCCCCAAGAGGGGGAGAAGAGCUUCUUCGUCGCCAUUUAA